CUAAUGCGAAAGAGGUUUUUUUCUUUAAACCAACUUGUAACAAAGUUACAACACACCUGUAUUCCUUAACAGGAGGAAUUCCAUACCCAGGAUGGUCAGAAGGCAGAGUGGUUCAAGCAGUCCUGGAUGGAUAUCAAAUGCCAAAACCUGACCACAUUGACGACCAGUUGUAUGAUGUAAUGACAAGGUGCUGGAAUUUAAACCCUGAAUUCCGUCCUCCUUUUGAAAACCUACGAAAGAGAAUGGAUACAUACCUUCGUGAGGAGACAUACACGGAACUGCUUAACAUGAGGAAAUAUGACAGCGUGCAAUACUCCAAGGUUGAAGAUGUUGGAGCUCAAGAUGAACCAGCAACUGAGCAAGUCAAGACGAGCACCACUGGAAAGAAAUUGGGAAAGUGGUCAAGUGUUCGUUAAAUGAAAAUAAAUAUAUGACAUAAUGGUUGCUGUUAUGAUUUUAAGCACAGCAAUACAGUGUAGUGCGUGUUUUGUCCAGGGUGAAAUAGUAUUUUAAUUUACCAAACUGUUACCUUGGUAAACCGUCACCAAGUAAGAUAUAAUGAUUUAAUUUGUAAGCUUUUUGUGAAUGAUUAAUUUUAAAUCUGGCAUUUUUCUUUUAAGCAGUAAAGAAAAUAUUUGUUACAAAUGUUACUGGAUAGUAGUCAAACAAAUCUGAAGCAGACUUUGUAAAAUUGUUCUUUGUUUUGGAGCUACUUAGUUCUGUAAUUUAUUUAAACCUUUUUGCUUUUUUGUUUUGUUUUUGUGGUUAUUGAGUGGUACAAAUUUCUGCACCGAAAAUGAAACGAAAUUUGCAAUGAUUUCAGUUUGUUUGGAAAUGAAGCAGCUCUAGUUAGUCAGAAUAAUAUGAGAACUUUCCCUUUAAAUGCUACAUGAACAAAACGAAGUAACUAAGUAAUAGUCGUAAACAGCCUUUGUGGAAGUAAACAGCCUCCAUUACCUUUGAAAUAAUGUUAAGUUUACAAAAGAUAUUCGUUACAGUAACUUUUUUUUCUCUGAAGAAUUCUCUGAUCAGUUCAUUAAUUUGAUCAAUUUAGAAUAGUAUGAGAUAGACUCUUCUAAAAGGGCUGACUGUUUAUUUAACUCUGUGCCGAUGUAUGCACGGAAAAAAAAUUGGCAACAUUUACCUAUUUAACUAUUUACGUACAAAGUUAAACAUGUAAACGUUAUAACAUGUGAAGGUUUCAAGUUAGGUUACAUAAUAAACUGCCUUUGGUACUAUUUUACCAUUGGUAUCCAUCAUCACUGGACUUACUUAUUCAUUCUCUUUUUUGUUAUAACGCCAGAUUGCUUGUUUACCGUAUAGUUGAUUUAAG